AUGAAAGAAGAAGAGUGUGGCAAAAUGACGGAGCAGGAUGGCGCCAGCUCACCCUCGCCGGAUUGUCAGGUCGAGGCGCUUUCAUCGUGUCGCCUCUCUCGUGCAGGGAGCGAGGCUCCUCACAGGACACGUGAAUCUCUGGUGCCUUCGCCGAGAUCGUGCCACUCCUCUUGCGCAGGAAGCGAGGCACCACAACGGCACCGUAGGGGGCACUCCUUGCGCAAUCCUCCUGGUGCAACACCGAGAGGGGAUGAUAGGACCGCGGAGUUUGAUGACGCGGUAGGAGAGGGGGUGGAAGGUUUCUCGGAUAAAAACGGACUUGUGAAGAAAUUUGGUGGUUGGGUAAACAAUACGUCUUCAUUUUAUAUAGAAAAUGAUGGAGGCAAAAUGAACGCGAUUUCAAAGGCAGACAGACAUUUUGCCCGUUCCAAAGAGGCGAGUGAAAUGGAAAUGGCUUUAUACCACUCCGUACCCUUUGCGGGUGGAUCGUUUACAUUGCUGCAAAAGCUACACUAUCCUUUUGAUGUUCCAGAAACGUUAGUAAAUUUGCGUACCAGAAGUUCGGUUCAAGAAGGCGUUGUUGAGAAUGCCGAAUAUGAGGCGACGGGAGAACUUCAAGCUACAAACGGUGUAGAGAAUGGUGCCACUCGCAGUGUUGUGAGGAAUGAUAUUGAGACAAUAGAAAGCUGCGUCAGCGCAAUGACGAUGUGCAUGAUGCCUGACCCAGUUUAUGGUGCUCCUGUUCUCGCUCUCUGCGUUGGGGACGCAAAUGGUAGAGUGAAUUACUCGGAACUGGAUGUGUGCCACACGAGGAGCGCACAGUCCCUGUCAUUGAAUGCACAAAAGAGCAAAUCCAACGCUACUAUUGGGAGUUCCAGUCAAACGGAUCCGGAUCUGAUUAGUUAUGACGCCUCGCUCCCUUCUGAUCAUUCUUUUCUGUACCAUGAUAGUGCUGGGUUUCAUCGACCACCUCUGCGAAGUCACGGUCACCAGGCGUACGUGCGAGAAAUGGACUGCCUUACCUCCGUAACAAUCUCCCAGGCCGUCAAGUCUGUUUGUUUCUUGACGACCCAAGAUUCCCCACAUACUGUGAGCUACCUGACAGCGAAUGAGCGUGACAUCAAACUGUUUCGGGUUCAGCGCGAGGGUUUCACACCGUUUCACGCUUUUCCUUCCAUGGAGGCGGUGGUGGGGAGGCGCCAUAUUCAGGCACGUUAUUUUCCUCCUUUUUCACCCCCCUCUAUUAUUCUCCCUGUGCGUGUAUUUUCUGGGUGCCAUUUAAAUGUCAUACAAGAACUUUGCGUUUGUCCGGAUGUUCAUUCCUUUCUGAGUGCAGAUGACUUGCAGGUUUUCUUGUGGAACUUGGAAAGUUGCGACUUGUCAAAGGGGAUGUGCGUCACGGACUGUAGGCCUCUGUCAGGGCGUAUGGAUGAGUUGGAGGAAUUAGUGACUUCCAUUGCCUUUAGCCCUAGUCACAGCUCUAUUUUCUUGGUCAGUAGGAGCUCUGGAUUUCUUGGCAUUGGCGAUUUGCGCCAGUCAAUUUCGGGGUCUCAAUGCCAGUAUACCACCUCCAUUCGCGUUACGGAGGACGCAGCCUUUCCUAUUCCCGAGCAAUACAGUGACAUUCUUUGUAGCAUAUCUGGGGCAAAAUUUUUGGGUCCUCAACAUGUUGUCACUCGUGACUAUCUUUCAUUGAAACUCUGGGAUUUGCGUCGACCGGAUGUGCCAUGCUCUGUUGCGCAUGUCAUGAGCUAUGUGUCACCGUACCUGGAUGUUCUUUACGAGAAUGACGCCAUUUUUGAUCGCUUUCCCAUUGCGGUGGAUCACGUUUCCGGCACCGUCGUUACCGGACUUUAUGACGGUGCUGCGGCGGUCUGGCAACCUCUUCAUAAGGGCCGUGCGGCUGAAAAAGAUCUCUUGGCCUAUUACCGUGUUGACCCCCAAGCGUUACUCUGCGAAGUUGAAAAUGGGGGUCGCACGAAUGUGGAAGAGUUGAGCGCAUCCUUGGAGCGGGACUGGAAGACGCCGGCUGCGAGGGGGAUUGGUGAGAUGCCGUUGCUCAACGUGCUGCCGACACCUGUUGCCAAAAAGGUGACGUGUGCUUCCGUCGCCGAUGGGGGGGAGAGGUUUGCUUUGACUUGUAAGGACGGACGGUGUCUUUUUAUUUUUGAGCGGAAGGCCUUCUGCGAUGCCUUUUAA